AUGUCUCCUCACGCGGUGAUCACUCCAACAAUAAGCCCUGUCAUCGACGAGGCUAUUACGAAAGAGUUUGCCGUUACAGAGAAUGGCUUUCUCCCCAAGUCAGCUCCCUCAAAACGUCUUUCGGACUCCUACUACGCGCCAUGGGAGAGGCUAGCCUAUAGACUGCCUCUCUUGAUCCAGGAAGAACGCAUCCGCUGCGAGGUCGACCUCCUCCCCGUGCUCUCGGUGGACAACUUACGUAGUGAAGAAGACUGGAGGAGAGCAUAUGUUAUCUUGACUUUUCUCACCCAUGGGUAUAUCUGGGGAGGCCAAAAGGCAGCGGAGAUUCUCCCACCUGCCAUCACCGUUCCUCUGCUCAAGAUAUCCUCGCAUCUCGAACUUCCACCCGUCGCGACCUAUGCCGGACUCGCUCUGUGGAAUUUUGCCUCACCGUCCUCCAGCUUUGAAGAUGUCGAGUCUCUCAAAGCCCUACUCACAUUUACUGGGACUGAGGACGAGUCAUGGUUCUAUAUGGUGUCCGUGGCUAUGGAGUGCCAGGGCGCCCAGGUCAUCUCAAAGAUGCUCCGAGCCCUAGAAGCCCUGCGUGUUCGUGACCUAGACUCUGUGUCCGCCGCCCUCGAGUGGCUUCCGGAGCGUUUCCGUACCAUUGGCGACAUGCUCGACCGCAUGCACGAGCGCUGUGACCCCAUGGUAUUCUACCACGAUAUUCGCCCCUUCCUGGCUGGCACCAAGAACAUGUCCGCUGCGGGCCUGCCUCGGGGUGUAUUCUUCGACGAGGGAGACGGUAAGGGCAAGUGGACCGAGCUGCGCGGCGGAUCCAACGGACAGAGCUCGCUCAUCCAGUUCUUUGACGAGGUGCUCGGCGUGGAGCACAAACCUGCCACAAGACAAAGCCCUACGGGCAAGAAGGAAGAAGUGAGCUACCAUGAGGAGGUCCGUGGCUACAUGCCCGGCCCGCACCGUCGGUUCCUCGAGCACCUGCCCCGCCUCGGCAGCAUCCGCAACUACGUCGCGCAGAUCGCGGAUAGGGAAGGCAACGACGGCGAGGCCAUCUCGCCUGAAGAGGCACGCCUGCGGGUGGCGUACAAGGGCGCCACGGCGGCGCUGACCGAGUUCCGCAAUAGGCACCUCAACCUCGUGGCGCGCUUCAUCAUCCUGCCGGCGCGGCAGGGGCGCAACGGACCCGGCCGGCCGGGGGCGGAGAACCUGGCGAGCGCAUCGAGCGCCCUGGCGAGGCAAAAGGGCGCGCAGGCGGAGCUCACAGGCACGGGCGGCACGGCGCUGCUGCCUUUCCUCAAGCAUGUGCGGGAUGAGACGUGGAGGGCCGGGAGUGAGAUCAAGUGA